ACAAUGGGCGAGUUGCGUAAAUAAACAAAGAAUUUUUAAUUUCGCUAAACAAUUAAUAAAUGAAUAAAUCGAGAUAGUUUUGGUAAAAAAAUUAUUUAUUUUUACGUACAUAUAACUACAAAUAAACUUAUUGAGCUAAGGAUAGAAAUAUAAAAUAAUUUUUAAAAUGUCUGCGAGAAACCCUACAACAUUGAUGGCAGUAAAUGAUGAACAAUUUGAUUUUUUAUUUAAAGUUGUAUUAAUUGGUGAUUGUGGGACUGGGAAAACCUGCAUUGUUCAAAGAUUUAAAACUGGAAAUUUCAUUGACAGCCACGGAAAUACUAUUGGUGUUGACUUUUCUAUGAAAACAAUAUCUGUAGAAGGAAAACAGGUCAAGUUACAAAUUUGGGAUACAGCCGGUCAAGAACGAUUUCGAACGAUUACGCAAAGUUAUUAUCGUUCUGCAAAUGGGGUUAUUAUUGUAUAUGACAUCACAAAACGGGCAUCGUUCGCUAACUUGCAAAAAUGGAUUGACGAAGUGAGGAGAUACACUGCAUCAAAUGUAAUUAUAAUUUUAAUUGGUAAUAAAUGUGAUCUUGAAGAAAAUCGGGAAGUAGAGUUUGAAGAAGCUGAAGCAAUGUGCCAAUAUGUCCCAGAAAUUCUUUUUGUUAUGGAAACCUCUGCAAAAUCAAACAAAAAUGUGGAAGACGCUUUUCUAAGUUUAGCAGUCGAAUUAAAGAGACGCCACGAUUUGAAUAAUAUACAAAAUGAGAACGAAAGUGGCAUAACACUUAGUCAAAGUAAGCCAUUAAAAACAUGCAGUAGUUCUUGCAACUUAACGUAAGGUACAAAUAUAUAAAUCGACUAAUUUUAUAAAAAUCUCAAAAUUUUAUUAAAAAAAUUUCAAAAAUGAAAAUAAUUUUUAGAACAAUUAUCAUAAAGUUUGACUUGAAUAUUAACAAAACUGUUGUUAAAUUAAAUAAUUAAAACUACUUUAGUGAUAUCACUAUUUUUAAAUAAUAUAUGUUUAUUUUGUUCUUAAUUUGAUCUAUUCGACCAGUAGAAUUAAUUACAAUUGAUGAGAGAAUGAUAUUAGGAAUCGUAAAAGUAAAUUUUUUAAUAAAAUGGUUUAUACUGAAAAAAAAAAUGAAAUAAAAACGACUAAACUCAAUGUAACUUAAUAUUAGAUGUAGAUAUAUUUUAAUUAACAAGUUCACUUUUCAUAAAGAUGACUCAAUAAUGUACCAUUUAAAAAAAAAAACAAUAAAAUAUAAAAUGUAAUAUUGAUAAAGAAAAAAUAGAAACUGGUCGAAAAAAUAACUACACAUUUAAAGUGUAAGAAAAAAAUAAUUAUUUCCAUCCGUUAUUGAUAUUAUAACCUAUAAUUUUGUUAAUCUAAAUUUAUAAGAAAGCUUUAAUCCAAAAUAUUGUAAUAUUAUAGUUUGAUUAAUAUUAACAACCAUUUGGAUAAGUUUAAUUUUUGUGUUUUCAAUAAGAGAAAAAAAUCAUCUUUUUAUUAAAAUUAAAGAAACUAUUCAA